AUGGCAAAGAUGCAAUUAUCAAUCUUUAUCGCAGUCACGCUUCUCUUCUUCUCUUCACCAACAACAACCGCCAAAACCGCAAGCCCUCCGGCUCCAAUCCUGCCACCGACACCAGCUCCGGCACCGGCGCCAGACCACGUGAAUCUCACCGAGCUCCUAAGCGUAGCCGGUCCGUUCCACACGUUCCUCGACUACCUUCUCUCGUCAGGAGUCAUCGAAACGUUCCAAAACCAAGCCAACAACACAGAGGAAGGCAUCACAAUCUUCGUCCCCAAAGACGAUGCUUUCAAGGCUCAGAAGAAUCCUCCAUUGUCGAACCUCACAAAGGAUCAGCUCAAGCAGCUUCUUCUCUUCCACGCUAUUCCUCAUUACUACUCUCUCUCCGAAUUCAAGAACUUGAGCCAAUCCGGUCCGGUUAGCACAUUUGCCGGUGGACAAUACUCGUUGAAAUUCACUGAUGUUUCCGGUACGGUUCGGAUUGAUUCGCUGUGGACCAGGACUAAAGUCAGCAGCAGCGUUUUCUCGACCGAUCCUGUUGCGGUUUACCAAGUUAACCGGGUUCUCUUACCGGAAGCGAUCUUUGGUACUGAUGUUCCUCCGAUGCCUGCUCCGGCUCCGGCUCCUGUCGUUAGCUCACCUUCCGAUUCGCCUUCUGCUGAUUCCGAAGGUGUCGCUUCACCGAAAUCUUCGCACAAGAACUCUGCAAAGAGCCUGGCUUUCGCGCCGAUCGCUGUGGCGGUUUCCGGUUUAGUGGCGGCAUUGUUCUUGUGA